GGCGUAUUGUGCAGUAGAAAAACAAAGAAAAAAAAGUCCAAGACGGUAGCUGUGUUAAGUUGGGAGUUAUCGAAUCGAGCCGAAUGGGAUCAGACACAGAUAGGAACAGCAUAAAAGGACCCAACUUCCAAAUCCAACCCUUUCUCUUUUCUCACUCCAAUUCUCUGUCUGAAUACUGUUUUCUUUGUGGCUCUCUCUCUCUAUAUCUCCACAUCCCUCUGCACCUUGUAUCCUUUCUUUUCGAUCCAAUCAUCCAUUCUAAGUUCCCUAUCACCCAAUCUCAUUUCUCUGUCUAGAUCGCUCAAUCUAUCUGCAGAUGGCCAAGUCAAAUCUUCUAAUUAAUCAGGCGACCAUGAGCGACGAAGGAGAGAAGACUUGCCCCCUCUGUGCUGAGGAGAUGGAUUUAACUGAUCAGCAGUUAAAGCCUUGCAAGUGUGGCUAUGAGAUUUGUGUUUGGUGUUGGCAUCAAAUUAUAGAUAUGGCUGAGAAAGAUGAUACUGAAGGGCGCUGUCCAGCAUGUCGUACUCCUUAUAACAAGGAAAAGAUUGUUGGAACGACUGCAAAAUGUGAAAGAUUGGUUACAGAGAUGAGUGUGGAGAAAAAGCUAAAGUCACAGAAGGGAAAGAGCAAAGCCUUGGAAGGACGGAAGCAACUUGGCAGUGUACGAGUUAUUCAAAGGAAUCUUGUGUAUGUUGUGGGUCUGCCACUGAAUUUUGCAGAUGAGGAUCUACUUCAGCGCAGAGAAUAUUUUGGUCAGUAUGGAAAGGUGCUGAAGGUGUCAAUAUCUCGAACAGCGACUGGGGCUAUACAACAGUUUGCAAAUAGUACAUGCAGUGUAUAUAUAACAUAUUCAAGGGAGGAGGAGGCAGUCCGAUGUAUUCAGCUGGUACAUGGAUUUUCUUUGGAUGGUAAACCAUUGAGGGCAUGCUUUGGGACCACAAAAUACUGUCAUGCAUGGUUGAGAAAUAUGCCUUGCAGCAAUCCAGAUUGUCUAUAUUUGCAUGACAUUGGUUCACAAGAGGAUAGUUUUACAAAGGAUGAAGUAAUAUCUGCUUACACAAGGAGUAGGAUUCAACAAGUCACCAGUUCCUCAACUAGUAUCCAACGGCGUUCAGGAAAUGUAUUACCUCCACCAGGAGAUGAUUACAGUAAUAACAGCUCGACAUCUUCAGUGAAGCCUAUGGCUAAAACAGUAAAUACAAAUCAGAAUUCAGCAAUGAGUACAAGAAAUUCUCCACCAAAUAGUAGCUCUGGGAUAUCUGCUGCUCUGCCAGCUGGAGCAUCUUGGGGUAUACGUCCAUCUAGUAAUCAACAUUUGCUGACAAGUACAUCGAGUUCCAAUGGACCACCUAAUCAGAAAAAUGACAUGGAUAGUCCAGCGGCAUUUUCUAAAUCUGCCCUACGUCAAAUUUCUUCAUUUCAGAAUGACACUGGGAAGAAAAAGGUGCCUACUGAAGGAAGUGCCAUUUCUCUAGAGAAAAGUAAAACAGAAACUUCUGGUCCAGUAAAGAAGGAAUCAAAUACAGAUGGAAGUAUUGUUUCUGAAACUUGCACUGCAUCUGUAUAUCUCACCAGUGCGCCCUUGAGCAGCCAGCUUCAUAGCCCACCUAGACCCAAAUCGCUUCCAAAUACUUCUAAUAUAGUUGAUUCUUCUGCUUCAUCUAGUGUACUUGUAUCAGAUAAAGGUCCCAUGAACUUAAUAGACAACAUGGAGAAUGUGUGCUCUGAUGUAUUAUCAUUGAGCAUUCUAGAAAAUCAUAAUUUUCAAACUAACAAUGUUGAGCAAAGUAGAGAAUCUUCUGUUUGUCAGACUUCUGGGGAAGUUAAGAAUACCACUGACGUGGUACACAUUGCAAGUGUCCAGUCUGAUUCUAUAUUGGAAAGGCCCUAUGAAGUAACUAAAGUCUACUUGCCUGAACUGGACAAUGAUCUGUUAUCUUUUCAUAACCAGAGGAUUAAGGAUCCUGAACUGGACAAUGAUCUGUUAUCUUUUCAUAAACAGAGGAUUAAGGAUCCUGAGAUUGCUGCUUCCAGUAGAGCACCAGAUUCUAAUGCACUUAAUCUGAAGCAUUCUGGUUUUGAUUCUCCUGCAUUUGACAAUGCUGAUGGUUUAACUGGUAUUGGUUUUGAUAGGCAGGCCGUACAUAGAAGUGGUAACUUGAUGGUUUCAACGUCUAAUUGUCCAAGUGGGUAUCUGGAGAAUACAUUCAAUAAUGGUGCUCAAGAUUCCACUUUGUUUCCAAGAAAAGAGAAAAUGUCUCACCUUGGGAGAUAUGAAACUGAAGUAGGCAGAGGUACUGCUAUUGAUGCAGGGGAGAGCAGCAUUAUAUCAAAUAUUUUGUCACUGGACAUUGGCUCAUGGGGUGGGUCUGUAACUUCAACUGAGGACCUGGCUAAGUUGCUAGGUGAAACUGAUGGACGACAAGGGUCUUUUGGAGCACCAGUUUCCUGGAAAGCUCAGAAUAGCAGUCAAUCAAGAUUUUCGUUUGCUAGAGAGGAGGAAGCUAUGAGCCAUUUACCUGAUUCUGAACAAUCGAUUGAUUACCAUGAACAAGCCUUUAAGCAGCAUCUUUUUGGCCAUAAUUUCUCUGGCAGCAACAGAUUGCAUCUUGAGAAGAUUGUUAGUAAAAAUGACUUACCUGUUUCCAGUGGCACAGAACAAGAUUAUUUUGCCAACAAUGUUUCCCAUUUUUCUUCCAAUAAGCUUCCUUUUUCAAGACCUCAGGUAUCUGCACCUCCAGGAUUUUCAGCGCCUAGUAGGGCAGCAGCACCUCCAGGCUUUACUUCUCACGGGCGGACAGAGCAAUUUUUUGAAUCACACUCUGGCAAUCAUGCGCUCGAUGCUACCUCUUUAUUAAGAAAUCAGUAUCAAACACCGCCAAGUGGUGAUACUUAUUCUAAUGGUGAUAUAGAAUUUAUAGAUCCUGCAAUUUUGGCUGUUGGCAAAGGGACAUUUGCAAGUGGCAUAAACAAUCCGGGCCUAGACAUGAGAUCUAAUUUUUCUCCGCAGUUCAAUACAUAUGAUGAGGCCAGAUUCCAAUCAAUUUUACAAAGAUCUCUUCCGCAACAUCAGAACCAAAUAUUUAGUGACCUCGGCGACAAUCUUUCCACUCUUGGUGAUACUUAUGGAAUUCCUUCUAGGGUUGUCGAGCAGACACUAUCCAAUAAUCACUCUCCAUUUUCUCAGUUCACCCUACAUCAGUCUAGAAAUGGAAUAACUUCUAAUGGUCAAUGGGAUGGGUGGAAUGAAGCCCAGAGUGUGAAUAAUUUGGGUAGGGCUGAACUGCUCAGAACCGAGCGGUUGGCACUUAGCAGCAAGUUCUACAAUGGUUAUGAAGAAUCAAAGAUGAGGAUGCCAGGUUCAGGCAAUAUAUACAAUGGGACUUAUGGGAUUUGAUUUGAAGAUGUUUAUUCUGUUUGGUCAGUGAUGAUAUCAGUGGUGUAAUAGGAUGAUCAUAUCGGAUCUCGAUGCCCAAAGUUCACCUUUUGAACGUGGUGCUUAUGAACAUGAUGAGCCAUGGUUAGUCUUGACUCCGCUACUUUCAGGUUGGUGGAGAUCAAACCUUCUCAUGGAGUCUAGAAGCCAAGAGGUGAAAGUUCUGAGACUGAAGCUCAAUGCGAAUGCUGCUAGACCUAUGUUGUCCGUGGCCAUCCCAGUGUUCGAGCCUUUGAGUUUCAUCUCAACCACAGUGAGAAAGAGAGAGAGUAGCAUCUUAUCCCUGCCCUGCUUUCGGAUUGGGAAAAGUUACUGCAUCUGUAGAAUAAUUGCGGAUUAACAAGAGAUGGACAUGGUCGUAGGAGAAGGUACGUGAUCUCUGCCGCAAUAUUAAGCAUAGAAAAGAGUGAGUGUUGUGAACGAGAAUGAAUAUAAGAUGGGUUAGGUUCUGUGAAUCCGUCGUGUAAUGUUGCAUUAAUCGUAUUUUUACUUGGGUGAAAGUUAACACUACCCUCGUUGAUAAGUUAUAUGUGGAAAAUAUUCAUUCUUAUGAAAACACGUAGAAAAUACUUAAAAAUA